AUGCAGGUCGACGAGCGAUCCCUUCGCCGUCUAGUCAAGAAGCUCACCCUCUUGCUCGCCAGCAAAGAUGUCGAAUCCGUCUCAUCCUCGCGACUCUCCUUCAAAGCCGAUCUCGAAGCCUUCCGUCUUCAGCUGCAACGCCUCUCCUCUAUCGCCCACGGAACGUGUCAGGUCGAGAUCCAAUCCUACACCUCCGAGCUAACCGAGAUCGAGCUCGAGCAGCAAGCUACACAGCAGCGAAUCCACGCGCUCAAGCAGAAGCUGCAAGAUGUACGACGCGAGCGGAAGAACAAGCUGGAAUACGACGUGGUGGCAGGAGAGAUUGUGAAGCUGCCGACGAGGAAGGAACUGGAGGAAUCGCUGACGAGGUUGAGCGAGCAGCUGGAAGGGGUGAGGGCGGAGAGGGAAAAGUACGCGGUGAUGUCGGAGAAGGCUGCGGAGAGGACGGGCGAGGCGAUUGGCGUAUUGGAUACGCUGAGGGUUGAUGUUGGAAAUGAGGUGGGCGAGAGGGAGAGGAGGGAGGUCGAGAGGGCGGAUGGUGAUGCCGAUGGCGAGACGGCGGAGGGCGCUGCGGCUACGGGGACGAAUGGCGCAGGAGACGAUGUCUCGGAAAGUGGAGGCAGAAGCAAAACUCGUCAGGAAGAAACGGAAGAUGGACCAGAAGAAGGCGAAGAGGAGGAAGCCGUACAGGGUCUUUCCGCGAGUAGAAGCGGGAGCUCUACGCCUCGUAGACCACUCGCUGCAGAUGACGUUCCAGCACCACCGACCCUCAACCCAUCGGCACCCACCUUCCGUCCGUCCUCGACGGCUGUGACGAGCAGCACAUCUUCGACGCGGCGAAAGCGCGAUUCGACCGCCAUGACAGCCUCAGACGAGGAAGGUGAAGUUGCAGACGGAUCUUCCGUCGCGACCGCCGCUGCAUCGAACAGCAACACGCCAAGGAAGAGGCAGAGGACAGAGGAAGGAGAAGUGGCAACAGGCGAGAGCGAGGAGGAAGAAGGUAGCAUCCAACCGGCUGCAGGCAGGACGGCGGGGGCAAGCGCCAGUGCGAGAGUUCGUGCCGGUACGAAGCGGCAACGAUGA